CAUGCAGCACAGUAUCUCCGGCCAGCCAGUCCUGCUCUCCUAGCCAUAAUCCCAUUCAUUCUCUAUGUACGCUCGAUUGUGAAAUGGAGGGCGCGGGCUCGCGGACGCUCACUUCCCCCGGGGCCCACCCAGCUCCCGAGCAUCGGCAACAUGUUCAAUCUCCCGAGAUUCAACACUUGGGUGGCAUUUCGGGAUCUUUCCUCUCUCUACGGUGAUAUCAUUCAUUUCCGGAUCCUCGGGCAGUCGAUUGUUGUUCUUGGAGCAACAGACGUCAUCACCGGAUGCCUCGAGAAGCAUCCGUCAACACCUCCUCUUGAAUGCGUACUCCUGUGGUCGAUCUGUAGGUACAACGGCGCGUGGUCUUUUGCAGAUACAUCAACAAUGUAUGCAGCCUAG